UGUCACCGGCAGGUUGCACAAUGUUGGAGGUUAUGAACAUCGGGAACAAUAAGAUAGACGGGACAUUUCCAUGCCAUUUAAAGGCUAUAUCAAGUCUCCGUGUCCUUGUUUUACGAUCCAACAAAUUGCAUGGGGAAAUUGGAUGUCCACAGAGUCCUAGCACUUGGCAAAAGCUACAAAUCAUUGACCUGUCUUCAAACAAUAUUGGUGGCAUAUUGCCUGCCAGUCUCCUCACAUCUUGGGAGGCUAUGAAGGCUAAUGUAGACUUCAAUCACCUACAGUAUCAAUAUUCCCAACUGCGUGGGGUCUAUUAUCAAGAUACGAUGAGUGUAACCUUGAAAGGUCUACAUGUAGAACUCGUCAAGAUUUUGACUGUUUUCACAUCGAUCGACUUCUCGAGUAAUAGAUUGGAAGGUCCAAUACCAGAUACCAUUGGAGAUCUCAAAGCACUUUAUUUCUUGAACCUAUCACAUAAUGCAAUAUUGGGUUCAAUUCCUCCUGUUUUGGGGAAUCUGCAUCAACUUGAGUCAUUGGACCUAUCAUGGAACUACCUCAAUGGAAGCAUACCGGCUCAGCUUGUGAAUCUUGAUUUCCUUUCGUUCUUGAACCUCUCAAACAAUCAACUUGUAGGAAGCAUCCCAACAAGUGGACAAUUUCUCACGUUUUCCGAAAGUUCUUUUGAAGGAAACCUCGGAUUGUGUGGGCUUAUGCUCAACAAGAGUUGCUCAAUUACCACGAACGGGACGAAAGAAGCUGGUGACGAUCACAAUAAUGAUGAUGGCGAGAAGAUGUGGUUUUACAUGAGCAUGUUGCUUGGAUUCGUUGUUGGCUUUUGGGUAUUUUGUGGUCCGUUAGUCUUUAUCAGAUCAUGGAGGUUUGCUUAUUAUCGAUUCUGGGAUAUAGUGCUGUUUAGACACUCAUGUCCAUGAAGAUUUCCACCGUAUCUUAGUUAUUGAACUUGAAUAAGAAUAUUUUCAUCCUUUCUUCUCUUCA